AUGAGCAAGAAGGCCAAGCCCAAACCAAAGACGGCAGUCGUGGACGAGAAUCUCGUGACGCGGCAGAUUGUUGCGGCCAACUACGGCAAAGCCUGCAAAGCUAUUGGCGUUCUGGUGAACCCACACGUGAACGAGAUUUUCCGCGGCAAGGAGGAAGAUGGAGAUCUUGUGAACCUCAUUCUUGAAGGCGAAAACGUGGGUACGCUUGGUCCAGGCGGCGUUCGGUUCAGCAAUGGACCAUACACUCAGCUCCGAUACAUUCGUAUCUGGAAGCAAGAGAUCGGGAACGAAGGUGCCGCUGCAAUUGCAAGUCUGUUGCAAGCUGCUUCGGACGUUAAUAUAGCGUAUCUCGAGCUAUUGGAUUGCGGCAUCGGAGAGCAAGGAUGCAAGGCGCUGGCCGACGUGUUAUCACUACAACGAGCACCCGGUGUGUUAACUCUCAACCUCGACUACAAUCUUGAAAUCGGCGAUGCAGGCAUAAACGUACUUGUCGACGGGCUCUUCAAUAACUCAGCAUUAAAGCAACUCCACCUCGAUUACUGCGAUGUCGGCCCGAAUGGCUGUAUCAAACUUGCACAACUCAUAAGUUUGCCAAUGUGCGCAAUCGAGGUGUUAUCAUUAAACGGCAACAACAUUGAAGGCGAAGGUCUGCAUCACCUUUCACUUGGACUCGCGCGCUCCCAGAGACUCGUCACACUAAACUUGUCGGACAACGGCAUCCGAAAUAAUAUCGAGGCGCUCACGGCCUUCCGCGACGCUCUAAUUCGAAGCAAAGCUCUGGCACACGUGGAUUUCACCUUCAACUUGAUCGAACCCGACGGUGCUAACGUCCUACUACCAGCUCUUGCACCGGAGAACACGAAGCUUCAGUCUUUCAUGGUGGACGCGUCACUUCCAGGAGACCUUUUUCAACGACUCAAUCGCGCUCGUAAAGCUGAAGGCAAGAAGAAAGGCAAGAAAGGAGGUGGCAAGAAGAAAAAGAAAUAA